UUCUUGCGCAGCAAUAAUGGCAACAGGAAAUCGAUGUGUACAGGAAUUACUCUGAGAUUUGUUGUCAUUCAGCUAUUCAUUUCAGGGAGUAAUCUAUGGUGUGUCAUUCACUUUCUGUUUUGAAAACGUUUCCAAAAAUUCAUGGAUUGUGAAUUACGACAAUUUACAAAACUUAAACUAGCUUAAUUUUCUAUUUCACGCCAAGUAUAAUAUGCGAUUUAUUGAAAAAGACCAUCCAGACUUGGAACAAAGCACAGUAAUGGCGUUCGCUGCGAUGAAUUACGGAAGCCGUUCGCAUGGCAACCAUUGGCAGCGUAGAAACCAUUGUUUUGGUAAUUCAUGGCUGAGUGUAAUUCACCAUGAACGACGAUCUGUGCGAAAAAUUUUCCAUUAUUACUGCAAUAUGGCGAGAACAGAUAUUUGUUGUAGUAAACUAUCCUGGAUUCUCCGAUGGCAUUUUAAGGUGAAAACAUAACCUGAGCCUUGAAACUUUCUGCAGUGGACUUCACAACUUGUCUUGUAACACAUUAAAUGCUCUAAUAUUAAGUGGAAAAACGAUCUGAUUUAUUGACAAAUAUCAGAAAUGUCUAGCUACAACAUACCAGAACGAGACUUCAUGAGAUGUUUCCGAAAGGCUCUGUCUGUUCCUUUUUUGUUGAAUAAUGUUUGCUCAACAAAUAUUCAAGAAUUCGUUACAAGUUAUGCUGCUUCACUUGGUUGCACAGAAAAAAGCUUCUUUUUUCCUCUUUUGACAUGUGCUGCAUCUUGUAUGGGUACUGAGAGCUAUUUAGAAAUAAUAAAUCACUGGAUUGAACCUCCAAUUGUGUGGACUUUAGUUAUUGCACCAAAAUCACUGUUAAGAGUUGAUGUAGCUGAACAUGUAAAACAACAUCUUCUUAAAGCUCAGAAUGAUACCUGGGUGCUACACAAAAAUGAAGAUACCAAGGAUUAUUUGAAAAAAUUUUUGUUUGACAUUUUUACUUUGGAACAGUUGCAAGAAAUGUUAAAGUUAAGCAAUGGUCAUGGAAUAGCUAUUUAUAAUAGUGCAAGAUCUUUGCAUAAAAACAUGUUGGAACCUGUAGAGGCUGAUAUAAUGUUGCGGCUGCAUUCAGGAUUGGCUUGGUUUCAAGAUUCUCGUGUCAGUCGAAGUACUGUAACUAAGACAAGAGUAAAUUUUGCUAUCAUAUCAACUCCUGCUGCUGUUCAUCAAACAUUGACUUCUGCCCCAAAUUUCAAAGAGCUGUUUCAUCAAAGCUUUUUACUAACGUGUACUGAAGACAGCCAUGCAAAAUUUAAUCAAAUUUCUGAAGUAAAUAAUUCAGAUAAAUUAGUUGAAAUAUUUACAUCAUUAAUAAAACUUCAUUGUUCUCAUGGUCCCAUUGUGUACAAGCUAAGUGCUGAAGGAAAGGAAAAGUUCAGCGAAAUUCACGAUGAGCUUACAGAUAAAGCUAAGCAAAUGGCCAGAAAAAAUGCUGAUAAAGUAUUUCAGCCUGCUCUUUCUUAUCUUGGACGUUUGACUUUAAUUCUUCAUGUUCUUGAUAAUGUUAUUGAUUCUAUUAAUUAUCAAAUACCUGUUUCUCAUUUAACUUGGAACACAGAAAUAAGUGCAAACACUGUUUGGCAUGCACGAGAACUACUUAGUCAUUUUAUUGAACAACGACAUGCAUUGAUGGAGGAAUUGAAAUUUCCCUCUCAAUCCGGUGCUCCGACACCACCUAUUGAAGUAGUAGAUGGACAAAACAGAGUUGUAUCUCGCAAUAUGCUUACUCCACCACAACGAUCACCUCAAAAUGUUAUGAUGAGGUCUAAUAAUUCUGUAAAUACAGUCAAUCCAGUAAAUAAUGUCAGAAGAAAUAUAUUAAACAAUUCUAGAGUUAGGCAGCCUGUUAGAAAUUAUCAACCACCUCUUCCUCUUAAUAGUACUGUUGUUGAACCAAUAAUUCAGUCUGUGCGUUCAAAUGCAAUACCUGCUACUCAGACCAUUCCUUUUAACCCUAUCAUUACAAAUUGUGAAACCUUAAAUAAUAACUUGAAUACAGAACUAAAUUUGCCCACUGCUCUUUCAGUUUCGAGAUCCGAAGAUCAAGCUGACCAAGCAAUACCUGUUCUUCUAUCACGUGCACCAAAUACAUCCAUUUCAGAUAUCUCUAAAGAGGAUUUCAUUCGAACCCAGAGGAAUUCUUUAAAAAAACUGCUGAAACAUACAACCGGGGAGAUAACACCCUCUCGAUGCGUGCAGCUUAAACUUACACCUGAUGCCACCGCAUCUGAUGAAACUCAGAGGUACACUCAAAAUUUUUCAAGGUUAUUUCUUAAACGAUUAGAAUUAUUUGGUUUUGGUAUCUGUGAAGGAGCUAAUAAUGGCAAUAAACGUCAUUUUGUUUUUAAAAAGAAGAAAUUUAGUGCUCUGGGAGAUGAUCAGAGACAAAUUUUAAAUGAUCUUAAUAUCAGCGAGGUAGAGUAUAAUAAAUGCUUUACCUCUGUGUCCAUCGAAAACGAACAAAAUGGCAAAGUUGUUUGUUUAGAAUAAGUUUUUUAUUUUGAAUUUAGUGUAAAUAUCUUGUUUUUGUCCGUCUAUUUCUCAGACUCUGGUUAUUUAUUAAUGCCUGCAAUUUUAACUACAGCAUGUACAUUUUAGGACAUGUUAGGAACAGUUUUUUUGUAUAUAUGUAGAAAGACAGAUGAAAAAUAAAGUUUAUAGAAAAUA